AUGCACAACGCCACUGGCACUGUCACCAGCACCGGCACCCAUCAGCAAGAUGAAGGAAAACCACGCUCGUCGACUGAUAAAACCCCCAUUCUUACCCCGGAUCCCGCUUUUGAUCGACUGCCUGACGAGAUCAUCCAACAGAUUCUACAGCUUACUGACCCCGACUCCUUUGCUUCUCUCAUCCUCCUCAACUCGAAAUGGCGAUCCGUAUCCCAGCAGGCCCAACUCUAUGCCCUCCACCUCUCAAGAUGCCAGUCCUACUCCGCGAGCCAUCCUCCCCUCCACGAGGCCGACGUCAAGGAUGAAGACCUGCCGCGCCUGAGGCGCUUGUUCGCCAAAGAAGUCAAGCGCAACCUCUUCGAAGCCUACUUGCGGCCGCGCGAAACCGUAAUCAAACUUAUAUCCAACUCCAUCAGCUCCUCGUCGUGUCCCGGCGGCGAAGGAAUGCAGUUCAGCCCGUCUCCCCGCGGCCACCAUGUCCUGGCCUACAAUUCGUCGCGUGUUUAUGUUCUCGACGUACGGGGGAAGGAUAUAGACGUCAAGAGGGAAUUCAAGAUACUGCGUCGGCCUGUUUCCACCUGCAUCAAGGACGAUGGCUCCAUGCUGGCUGUCCUGUCUUCCGAGAUGCAAGUAGACCUCUACGACCUUGAGCAGUCCCCGCCUCGCCGCACCCAGUCCUUGAUCUUGGAUAACCCACCGCGCACCAUUGCGCUCUCUCCCUGUGGUUCUGUUCUUGCUGCUGCUUACGAAGGAGGCAUCGAGGUAUCCUUGGUCAACCCGGGCGCCCUGCCCACGGACAGGAGAGCGGUCAAAUGCGAUGGAGUUGACGCCCUGUCCUUCUCCUUUGAUGGCACUCAGAUUCUUGGAACCACGGUCCACUCGUCGCCGCCUGCCACUGUCAUUCUGACCGCCCCUUACUACGACCCUGGCAACCAAAUGGCCGACGAUAGCAUCAGUGCGCUCUGGACGACGUCGAUCCUGUUUCCUAACACGAGCCGCGAUUGCAGUCAUGCCGUGCUUCUGCAAGACUCGGGCCAAGAGGAAGCGAGCUGGACCUUUACCUAUGACCGCAGCUUCGAGACUUUCAGAGCUGUACGCAUUGACGAUCUGCGGAACGGUACGACCUACUUUACCGGACCCAAACCCGACCCGGGCUCGCAGGCCAAGCUUACACCCUGCACUCUGCCUACGGCCACCUUUCACGGAGACCUCGUCAGCGCCGGAUUCCAGGGGAAGGAUAUCUGGCUGUACGGUGUGCCGGAAGAUCUCGAUGCUGUGCCCGAGGUCAACGCUGCGGGGCUUGAUGGCUUGUCGGUCCUGUCCGGACACGGACGGAGAAGCAGCGGACCUCCGUCGCGUUCGCCAUCAUCUCGGGCGCAAGAAAACCCUCGGGUACCACAGUGGCAAGUGCUAUGCGACAAGCUGAGAAACACCUUCGUCUGGGGCGCCAAGAUUGCAGAGCUUGAUGGUGUCAGCACGGUGAAAUGGGUCGCUGGCUUUGGGGCGACAUCGACACAGGAGCGUCUGGUCGUCGCAGCUCGCGGUAUCUCACCUGGGAAGUCCAUUGUAGAAGAGGAUGACAUUGAUUUCAUCGACGGCGGGAGGAUCAUCCUCCUUGACUUCGACUACAGCCUUGACGAUGGCCAAAGGACAGAGAUUGAGAUCGAGGUGGGGACGAAGGAGCCCGAGAUUCUCGAAGAGGAACAGAGAGAUAUAGACGCCGAGGUGGCCAUCGUACGCCGCAGAACAGUGGCUCAAAGGCGCGGAGACCGUGGCGCCUUGAUGCGUGCCGCUACAACUGCGGCCAUUCGGGGAAACCCCUUGCCCCCGAUGCCUUCUAUGCCGCCCAUGCCACAGUCUAGAGAGGAGCCCGAAGCUAGAAUCGAAGACGACGACGAUGAUGACGACGAUCCGCUCGUUCCGAGACGCAUUGGGGCACCGCCGCAGAUCAACGUUCAAGAGCCAAUCUCGUCUUUAACUCCACAAGCAGGCGAAACUGCUUCGAUGAUUGAGGACGAGGAGGCCGAGGAAGCCGUGGAAGCCCCCUACUCUCAUGAUGGGCCCCGGUCUACCAACACUCUGCGUCGCGCAGCCACCGCUGUCGCCAUAAACCGAAGCCGCAAUCCUCAAGCGCCCGCUGCCGGACCGGUAGAGUACCGGCGAGCGGAUGGUCGACGCGAGCACCCGCACGAAAGUGACGCGGAUAACUGGGUCCCACCACCACCCCCGUACCAAAAAGAUGAUCCGGGAGACUUGCCUGCAUUCCUGCGCAACGCCAUCAUCACGCCGGGGGGCGUGCGGAUUCAGAGCCAGCCGACCCGGAUUCAAACGGCCGCGCCGGCCGUGGGGGUAUCGACUUGGCCCCUUCCAGAACGGCCGGCCCCUGCUCAGACAACAGACCGUCCACUGAGUUACCACGAGCCUGUUGCCAGCCCGUCGGCGAAUGCCACUCAUCAUCUUCGCAUUGCGAGCGACACGACGCUAUUGAGCCGCCCGCGCACCGCAGAAUCGGCCAGCCCAAUGUUCAGCCCACCUGCUGAUGUUGAUGCCAAUGACGAUAUCUACGACGUCUCACCACCGGAGACACCGUGCGUGGCUGCAACGAGGCCCAGCGAUGCUGAUGCCAUUUCACCCGAAGGCCAACGCACGGCCGGCGAGUCUUUGGCGGUUCAGGCGUCCAACAAUGACGCUCUGCAAGAUUCUCAGGCAGUGGCAGCAAAAGAUUCGUCCGUUGCUUUGGCAGCCCUGCAGGCACAGUCACCUCCGUCCUUGGGCCUGCAAAUACCGUCAAGCACGUCUCCGAACGCUGUGGCAUCAGGGCAGCCUCAACCGGAAUCCGCUGCCGAUGUACCGUUGGUGAGGCGUCUAUCCAACGCGCAAACGUGGCCAAGGUCUGCUCUGCCGCUGGACGGUCCUCACCUGCAUCCAGAGAGUGUGGCUUUGAGUAGCUUCCCAUAUUCUGCUCCUCCGACUAACGCAGGAGCUGAUGAGAUCAUGGGGGCUGCGUUACCGGCCCCUUUCAGGGCGAAACAACCGGUUCUUCCCCAGGGCAGUGAGCAGCUGUCCCCGUAUCGGCCUUGGUCUGGCAAUUUCAGCUCUGUUCAGCGUGUCCCAGUUGGCAGUCGCAGGCCCGGUUCUCGACGAGCAACUGUACCACAACCCGCCAUGCAGCCUGGGUCGCAGGCUGAGGUGCCAGACGGCCUGUCGCUCGAGGACCAGCCGCUGAUCAUCAGUACGCCUAGUGGCGUAACGGGGGCAUACGACGCGCCUACGCGUCAGCAGUCGAAUCGAAGAAGCGAAAUGCCACUGUUGGCUCCCAUUCCUCGUCACCCACGCCCGACUCAGCCGGGCCCGCACGUGGAACGCCUGGAGACCAUUUACAGUGACAACACUGACGCGGAGGCAUCUGGCAGCAGAAGCCUUAUUCCGGCGUGGUUGCAAGCGCCGCCGACGCCGUCUGCGGGCCGACAGUCACACUCAUCGGUAAAUAGAAGGCCCAGUCGUGCUGAGCGAAGUGCGGCCAAGAACAUCAAAGAUGCCAAACGACGGGGCUGGAACGGUACAAAGAAGAAGUCGAAGAGCAAAAAAGUUGAUCACGAGGUUGCCAGCUCCGCUGGGUGGACGGAUGUUUCCGCGGCUGGCGGAAACGGAAUCCAUGGCAAGUCAGAAAAGGAUAAAAAGUGUGUUGUCAUGUGA